UUUGUGUUCUGUCAUCCAUUGUUAUUCUGUAUUUUUGUUUUUUUGCGUGUGAAUACUAAAACCAGAGGACUAGUAGUUCUGUAUUAACCUCAUAUUUUGAUAAACACAUUUCAGUAAUUUCAAACUUACAAACAGAAGCAACGAUUUUAUACACAAGACCUCCUCACUUUUAUGUUUAAUUUAACGAAUCUUUGAUUGUUAUUCAGUAUUCACUAUAGUAUGGUCCCUAAUCAUUUAACAAUUUUGCCCUUUUAUUUAUAUAAGUAUCUGUCAAUGUCAUCAUAUAAACAAUGACAACCCAUGAAAAAACAACAGAAAAAGUAAAGUUUACAACUAUUGAAUGUAUUGGAAUUAGCAAUAUUGGGAUUAUUAAUUAUCAUAGUAAUUGUUGGCCAGACAUACUAAUUUAAUAGAAACAGAAGCUAAAGAAAAAAACAAGUAUUUUUACGUAAUAAGCAGAUACCCAUUAAUGGAAAGGAAUUUGGUACUGUUAAAGGUUGCAAUUUUAAUUUAAUUAAAAACACUGAAUGUUAAUAUGUGUAGGCAGACUUAAAGAGUCACCUGCAGCCUAAGACAAAUGAUUUGAAACAUUAUCAUGGGUGUGACAUAACAAUUGUGAAAAAAUGAGUGAGGAGACCAGUUGUCCAGGUUUGGGUUGUCUUCCCAAAAUUUCAGAUACCUGGAGAAAUGUUUCUGGUGCCUUUACUUCAACUAACCGAGUAUAUCCAUCUGAUCCAGUUCCACCAAAAGAUAGUGAAUUCAUUUCUGUUGACUCAAAAAUUAAUAUAAGGGUUAUUCAUUUCAUGCCUGAUAAAGCGAGAGAUUUAUUUGUUAUCAGUCCAGAACCCUCUUCCAAAAGGAUGUCUAUAUCAGAAGAAUAUUGGUUCACAAAAAAUAAACCUUUAAGAAAUACUAGCUGUAAUUGCUCCUUCAGGAAUUCGUUUAGAAAAUCUUUAAGGAAUUCAACAAAAACUUUGACGGUAGAUGUACAACUUAAUGAAUGUCUGGAGAAGCCAUCCUCAAGUAUUUCACAACAGAAACAAGAAACACUGGAACAAUUUGCACAAGGUUUUGUAGAACAAACACUAAGCAAUGCACUUGAUGAAUGUACAAAGAAAACUAUUUUGAAUAACACUGAAGGUAUUGAAAACCCAAGUUAUGAGAUAUCAGAAGUAGAUUCAGCUGUCAGACUCAGGAACCAGAAAAUGAACAAAGACUCACAUAAAGUGCCACCAGACUCUAGUCUGCCUAGCUUAAAAAACUGUAUUCACAAAAAUAUUAAACCUUUAAUUAUGUUGCUGCAUGGAUUGGGUAGUACUGCAGAAGUAUGGAAUACCCUAAUGCACAAUUUGGCAUUAAGGGGUUUUGAGGUUAUUGCCCCUGAUAUGUUGGGGCAUGGUUUUAGUUCAGCUCCUAAUAAAGCAAGCUGUUACCAGUUUAAAAACCUUGUUAACCAAUUUAGUACGGUUUUUGACUAUUAUAUGAAAAAAGAAAACCAAAGGAAAUGUGUGCUGAUUGGCCAUUCCUAUGGAUGUAGUAUUAUUACAGCUCUAUACCCUACCAGGGCAACCAAAAUAGCUCAGUUAAUCCUUAUAAGUGGAGGUGGACCCACACCUUUAGCUCCACCUGCUGAUAUGAAUGAAAUAUCAAGAUAUGGCUGGGCUCAUCAUUUAUGUCACCCUUUUAUGUACUGUGGAUUAAAGAGGAGUUUUUUUUAUUCAUCCAGGGGUAAAAAUUUUAAAUUCUGUGAAGAUGAAUCUUCUGUACCUCCUCAUUUUAAGGACUUUUUAAUCCAUGGGCAGCAGUGGUUGGAAGGUGAUGCAUCAUUUCAUAGGAGAAUUUUAGUACCUACUCUUUUGGUACAUGGCCUGUUGGAUAAAAAUGUUACCUUGGUACAAGAAUGUGAAAUGGAAAGGACCAUUCCAAGAUCAUUCUUAGAACUAAUACCAGAUGCUGGCCAUAUGGCAAUGUUGGAAUCUUCUGAACAUCUUACACAUAUGAUUUGUUGUUUUUUGGAAAUGUGGAUCUGAUCCCACGCUAUAUACAAAAAAUAUCUGUUUCUUGCAGGUUAUAUAGUAAAGCAAUUAUAUUUCAUGUAGGCAAAAAAUAUUCCCUUAAUUUUUCUUCCACCAUUGCAUAGUUCUAUUCCACUUUUAUUAACAGCAAUAUUUUAUAAUAUUUACACCAACCUUUGUUUAUUAUUUUUUAAAUGUGUACUAUAUAUUGUUAUAUAGAUUUAGUGGCUGCCAAAUGUAUACAUUGUAGAUAGGGAGUUCCCGUUUUUUGGAACAAAAUAUUUUUUUAUUAGUAAAAUAUUGUUCAAUUUAUUUUUUUACUGUAAGAUAUUGAAAGUUAACUCACUGAAUAGUUAUUGAAACUCUUCCAAUAAAUUAUUUUAUAAGGUUAGACUGUGGCAGAACAAGUGUGAUAAUUUCUGAAAAGACUCCGUCCAUAUAUUUACAUUUGUAAAAUAAAGUUCAAAAUAGUAAAA